AUGAAUUCAACGACACAUCAAGCUGAACAAAUCGGCAGUUACAACAACAACAACAACAGCAACAAUAGCAACAACAGCAACAACAACAACAACAAUAAUAAUAAUAAUAAUAUUAAUAACCAUGCUACAAAUUCCAGAGGAAACAACUUCACAACUAGUGCUAAUGCUACUUCUAAUUAUCCUAAUAUGAUGAUGCUCUCUCAAAUAAGACGGAAUAAUGCCACAAUUAAGUCGCAGACUCCUAAUUUAGUAUUACGUGAAUUACAAUGUCAUCAUUCUUCCAUUAUAGAAUAUGGUCCUCAGCAUUUAACUCAUUUAUUAGAUCUGAAAAAUUUCCAAGAGUUUAAGAUUAAUAUCUUGAAUUUUCAAACUCAACCUCAAAUUAAUUCUAAAAUGAGAUUCUUAAUAUUCGAUUUCAUCUUUUAUAGUCAUACAAGAUUAAAUCUGUCUGCAUCCACUUUAUUUUUAGCUUUCGAUAUCUUAGAUAGAUACGCAUCUAAAUACAUAAUUAAAAGUUGUGACUAUCAACUAUUGGCCUUAACUGCUCUUUGGAUAAGUUCCAAAUUUUGGGAUGCUAAAAAUCGUUGCGCUACGUUAAAAGUUUUACAAAGUCUAUGUUGUAAUCAAUAUUCAGUAACGCAAUUUAAAAAGAUGGAGUUCCAUCUUUUAAAAGCGCUAAAUUGGUCUCUAUGCUCAUCACCUACUUUUGAUUCAUUCAUUGAUCUUCUAUUAUUCAUGGAAAAUAAUAUGGAUCCAGCAUCGUCUUCAAACACUAAUACAAUGAUUUCUGAAAUUAAAUCUUUGAAAUCAAGUAUAAAUGUCAACGAAGUUAAACUAGGCACACUAAUGUUAUGUGAAUUAAUAGCAUUUGAUGAAAAUUCAUCAUUUAAUUAUGAUAAUUAUUCAAUUGCCCAAACUGGAAUCAAAUUAAUUAUCUUGGCACUAAAUUAUCACGAUUCAAAUAAAUGGGAAAAUUUUAAUGAUCUUGAUAAUCAUCCUUCAGUAUUCAAUAACGACAUCGCUAAGUCUCUUUUGAAUUUAAUAACAAACGAAGACCAAUAUCCUUCAACCUUUAAAUUCAAAUAUCUAGGAGAUCAAACAUCACCACCGCAACAACAGCAAGGUCAAGCAGGUAAAGGUCACAAGAGAAAUCCAUCCGCUUUUACUAGAUUAAAGGUAAGUAAUAAAAUAUUACUAGCUUUAAAAAAAUAUCAAUACCAAUUACAAUUAGAUGAAUUCUAUCAAUCUCAAGAAUUCCAAUUGGCAUUAACCAAUUUUAAUGAUAUAAAUAUUCAAACUCCUUCAAUGGAUGAUUUUUGCAUUAACAACAUACCAAUCAACGAGUCAAAUUCUUCUUCUUUCUUUAUUGGAAGGAAAUUUAGUAAUGAUGGAAGGAAAUCUAUCGCUGCAUCUAUAUCAUCCUCCUCAUCGUUUGCGUCAUCGUCAUCGUUCACGUCUACGUCCUCAUCAUGUUUUUCUUCAGCAUCUUCACCAACUCCAAUGUCAUCACCUAAUAAAAUGAACUCCAAUCCAAUUCCUUCAGAAACCCCAUGCCCAAUUGCUCCAUCACCGCUAAGAAGACAAACAUUAACGAUCCCACACAUGUAUCCUCCAUCAAAUAUAUCUUCUUUACAACCAUUAACUCCAACAACGCCUUCAUUAUUUAUGACAACGAAUAAUACUAAGUUGAAGUUCCCCACAGCAAUGAUGAUGAAUGAUAAACAUGGACAUAUUUCCCAUCAUGAUAGAAGAAUAUCAUUACAAUUGAAAGGAGCAAGUAUAAGUAGUUCAAUUCCAUUCAUGAAGGGUCAUCGCAAGAGAUCUUCAUCAUCAAUGGACGUUGCUUUUAAUGAUGCGAACGAUUUCAAAGGUUAUAAACGUGUAUAUAGUCAAAAUAAUACAAGUAAGUAA